UUUCCGGAUCUGGCGCCGGAAGAGGCUCGUCAGCGCCGCCGCUUUUCGCGGACUGAAGCGCUCAGGGGUUUGAGCUGCGCGGUGGCCACGCGGUUACCUGGAGUAGCUCGCUAACGCUUCGGCAGGUCACCAUGUCGCACCCGUCUCCCCAGGCAAAGCCCUCCAACCCAAGUAACCCCCGAGUCUUCUUUGAUGUGGACAUUGGAGGGGAGCGAGUUGGUCGAAUUGUCUUAGAAUUGUUUGCAGAUAUUGUACCCAAAACUGCAGAGAAUUUUCGUGCGUUGUGUACAGGAGAAAAAGGCAUUGGACCCACCACUGGAAAACCGCUCCAUUUCAAAGGAUGCCCUUUCCAUAGAAUUAUUAAGAAAUUUAUGAUUCAGGGUGGAGACUUCUCAAAUCAGAAUGGGACAGGUGGAGAAAGUAUUUAUGGUGAAAAAUUUGAAGAUGAAAAUUUCCAUUAUAAGCAUGAUAAGGAGGGGUUACUGAGCAUGGCAAACGCUGGCUGCAACACAAACGGUUCUCAGUUCUUCAUCACAACAGUUCCAACUCCGCACUUGGAUGGGAAGCAUGUGGUGUUUGGCCAAGUGAUUAAGGGCAUGGGUGUGGCAAGGAUCCUGGAAAAUGUGGAGGUGAAAGGUGAAAAGCCUGCCAAAUUGUGCGUUAUUGCAGAGUGCGGAGAACUGAAAGAAGGGGAUGAUUGGGGAAUAUUCCCAAAAGAUGGUUCUGGUGACAGUCAUCCAGAUUUCCCCGAGGACGCAGAUAUAGAUUUAAAAGAUAUAGAUAAAAUUUUAUUAAUAACUGAAGACUUAAAAAACAUUGGAAAUACUUUUUUCAAAUCCCAGAAGUGGGAGAUGGCCAUUAAAAAAUACACAAAAGUUUUAAGGUAUGUGGACGGCGCGAAGGCUGUUUCCGAGGAAGCAGAUGGGUUAAAACUGCAGCCUGUUGCUUUAAGCUGCAUGCUGAAUAUUGGUGCUUGUAAACUGAAGAUGUCCGAUUGGCAGGGUGCAGUCGACAGUUGUUUAGAGGCCCUUGAAAUAGACCCAUCAAAUACCAAAGCACUGUACCGUAGAGCCCAGGGAUGGCAAGGAUUAAAAGAAUAUGAUCAAGCAUUGGCUGAUCUUAAGAAAGCUCAGGAGAUAGCGCCAGAGGAUAAGGCUAUCCAGGCAGAAUUGCUGAAGGUCAAACAAAAGAUAAAGGCACAGAAAGAUAAAGAGAAGGCAGCUUAUGCAAAAAUGUUUGCUUAAAAAGUAAUUCAGUUUUGCUUGUGUGCAUUGAUUGUAUAAAGACAAUAAGAAAAUGUAACGGUUUGUCUAUGUAUGACCCCUAAUGUGUUCCCUUUGAUAGUUCAGUUCCCCAGUGUUUGGUGGGAGGAAAACUGAUAGGGACUCUGUUAAUAAACUAGUGUUAUAAAAUACAAUGAAGUUGAUUUCUUUUUAAAUGGCUGUCUGCAUUAUUCACAACGGAUAAUGAUGUCCAGCCUGUUUUUAAACUCCUAAAGACACAAAUCUUGUUUGAAUAAACAGAUGAAAGCUUAA